AUCUAAAACUAGAGAUGAAGCUCCCAAUCGAUCUUCGUAUGAUCUUCUUCAUCCCCCUCUUCCUCACCAUCACACCAGCUUACUCUAAAUUCCAUAUCCACAGUGAAUAUUGCCUAAAUGAUGUUGGUAAUUACACAACGGGUAGCAAUUACGACGAAAACUUAAUUGACCUUCUUCCUAACCUUAUAGACAAAGCCUCUUUAUCCACCUUCGAUAAUCACACGGUUGGACAGGGGAUCGAUCAAACAUAUGGCUUAUAUAUGUGUCGAGGUGAUCUCGAUGGACAACAAUGUCAUGAUUGUGUUGAGGCCGCAUCCAAAACAAUCGUCGAAAAAUGCCCUACACAAAAAGAGGCCCUUGUGUGGUACCAGGAAUGUAUGGUACGCUAUGCAAACCGCCCCAUCUAUUCUCACCAAGAACAAAAUCAAAUGAGCUACACCUGGAGUACACAAAAUGUGUCUGAUCCUAUGAAAUUCGGAAAAUUGAUUUCAAAGAUGAUGGAUGGUUUAAUCGCGCAGGCUGCCUAUAAUUCAAGUCGUCGAGGUUAUGCUACUGACCAAGGCGAGCUCACAUUGUUCGAGAAUGUGUAUGCCUUCGCACAAUGCACUCCUGAUAUACUUGGAAAUCGAUGUGAAAGAUGCCUAAGAGUGGCAUUCAGAAAUAUGGGAGCGUGUUGUGGGACGGCAAGGGUAUCGAUGGAAAUGUAUUUGCCUAGUUGCUGGCUUCGAUAUGACCAAGCACCUUUUAUUGGAGAAUUUAGCAAUGAGAAUGAUGACGCUCCCUCUACCAGUACGUCUUCGUCGACGACAUCAGGCCCGCCAACUAUGGACCUCAACUUUCCUAACGAUACACCGGUCGUGCUACCUUCACCACCUUCCGCUAGUAACCAGCUAACAAGCCUAAAGACCUACUUGCUUGUAAUGACAUUGUGUGUAUCAUCGUUAGUCAUGGCAUGGUAAAUUUUCGAAAUUACGGGUGUAUUAUCUAUGAUGACCUUAGAGAAAUGGUCAAGGCGGCUAUGGGUAGUCUCAUUGACGGAAUUAUGUAGGCAACUUUGUAUCAAACAAUAUAUGCUUUGUUCAACAAAUAUUACUUCGUAUCAAAUGUUAAUUUCAUUGAGUAUUUGAUAGUAGUGUUAUUGCAAUGAACUCAUUUUAUGACAAAUGUAAUGUUAUUGUGUUCCUUAAGUUCUUUGUUUUUUUUUUUCCCAAACUUUAAAAGUGAUAACCAAUAAUGUCUAAAAAGUAGACUUGUCAAAAAGAUUUAUCAGGUCAAGUUUGAUUUGGGUCGGGUUAUCUUCAAGUUGAGUUAUUUUCGACUACAAAUUUGAGAACACUUAGCUUGAUCAUAACCCAAGGCCAAAAAAUUCAAGAAAUGUACAUGUUUGUUGUAUGGAACUAUGGAUCAAAUUGAUAUUAUUACAACAUAUCUUGCUCAUUUUUUAUUUUUAAUUUUUAAUUUUUAUUUUUGAAACCUUCUUUUGUUUUCAAAAGCUCAACUAUCAAUGGAGUAAA